AUCACUGGCUUCCUGAACCUUUGUCGGUCCCGAGGGGUGGCUCCCAGCCUUGACUUAUUUUUCCAGAGCUUCAACCUCUGUUGGGGAGGUCAUGUGAAUUCUGAGGGCUUUCCGAACCUCCAGCAGAUUGCCCGUUGGAGGCUGUUCACAGAGGCACCCUUGUCGCACAAAAGGUGGAAGAACCGGUUUUGCUAUGUCAGGCUGGCCGCAAAUCCAUUUCCGAGGGAGUUGGGGAUCGUUUCAGACAGCACGAAAAAGUGAAGAGUGCCGCUCUCGAGAAGGAUGACAAAAGCUUGCCAAGAUCCCAGAGGGGCGUGAGAAGAAUGUGACGAUCAAGGAGUCCACUCUCGAGGAGGAUUUGUAUCUCCUUGGCCUCCGGCGCUACCAUUUCCUGGGGGAGAUGGAUGAGAAGUACCCCGUCCUUGAUCGAGCCUUCGAGAGUACAGGAGGUAGUAUCCCGAAGGCGCCGAUUUUUUGUACUUAGAAAUUUUUGUUGUAGUUUAAUUCUUGUUCAUGUCCGCGAUCCCCUGGUCUUACAUUUGCGUUGUCUUUGCAGGUGCCAUAAUGGAUGUGAGGAAUUUUGCUGGCCUUUUGAAGAAGUCGACGAAGGAUCAGAAGAAGAAGGAGACGGGCACCCACAAUCCCGUCGAUGAAUUCUUCCCGAGGGAUGAUGGGCCCUCGGAUGUCCCGGUUGAUGUUGCUGCUGCCGCAACAGAGAGGAAGGCGGUGGGCAAAGGUGUUGCCCCCAUCGGAAAGAAGCCGAAGGAGGGGGAGACCGGGAAGAAGGCUCCCCCGGUUCUAAUCGUCGAUGAGCACUCAACCUCUGAGCCUCUGGUCAUGGCUACGACGGUUGCAUCCAAUCCCCCUUCGAGAGACUUCCCCCAAGAGACCGUGCAGUUCUCCCUUGUCAAGGGCACCGCUGUGAUGCACGACACAGUUGAGCCGAAGGCGUUCCUGAGGGGCAUCACUUCGGAGAUGGAUAGGGCAGCCCUUGGCACCUACGAUGAUGAUGAUGCCCUCAAGAACAAGAUCCUCCGGUCUUCUCUUACUGCUUGCGUUGCCCUCGGCGAGCAGGCCCGGAGGGUUGGGGAGUUGCGUCGUGAGAAGGCGCAACAGGAUGAGCACCUGAGGAAGCUUGUGCACGACAACGCCGACGCCGUGAGGCAGAUGGCGAAGUUGGAGGAGGACCUUCGGCAAGCGAAGGCUGAGGCCGAAAGAGCCAAGGGGGAGAAGGCCGAAGCUGAGAAGGUCGUUGUCGAGGAGGCGGAGGUUGUCAAGGCGGAAGCCGUCGCCAAGGCUCGGGAGGAUGUCGUUGCUGCCUUUCUUGCGGAGGGGUGGAAAGCUGAGGGCCGGAAGGAAUGGGUGGCCUCGGUAGUAGAAACCUCAGUGGAUGCCUGUGUGAAGGGCCCCGGGGGUUGAAUGGAUGGCCCGGAAGGGCAAGGAAUAUUACGAGGGUGGCGAGUAUUUCACCCAACCCUCGUCUAUCGGAGGCUCGCCAGGCAUCUCCAAAUUGAUCCAGAGAAGUUUGAACCGGCGGCGUAUGGCCUUCCCCCUUGCAACCAGACGUUCGUGUUCCCCUCCCCCGGAUGCAGAGAGACUGGUUCUUGAAGACUCCGUGCUGAUGGCAGAGGCACCGGAUGCUGAUGAAGAAGCCGGAGGAGACAUUUCCUCGAAGCCUGUCGAAGAAGGUGCUGUCGGGGCUCUCGAUCCAUGAUUUGUACUUAGUCGAUUUGGUGAACAAUUUUUCUGUAAUGUAAUGUUUUGUAGCUUUCGGCUUUGGCUUUCAUGUAACAGACAAUUAACAUUAUCCUCCUUUUGUUUAAUGUAUGCCUG